UGAACGCUCGUCGAGUCCGCUUCGUGGAAAAUCAUAACUCGCGUGCGUACGCGUUCGAAAAAGACGUUUUCCCAACGUGUGUUUUGAAAGUGCUUUUCGAUUAUCUAAUAAAACAUAAAUAAUAUAAAAACUAAACUCUAGUGACCACAGUGAAGCAUGUCCAGUGCCCAAGUGUCGCAACAGCCGCCUCCUCCGCCGCUGACCACCACCAGUAACAACACCUCAAUGCCGUCGCAAUUGCUAUUGAGCCACAUCCAGCACCAUAGCACAAGUCUGCAUCACCAGCGCAGCCAUCAGAGAUCAUCGCCACCUGCCCAGGACUACGAUCAGGGCAGCAAUCACUCCACACUAUCGCCCAGAUCUCAAAUAACUCCCAGUCCACCGGCUACCAGUCCAACCCAUUCGGCAGCCACCACAGGAUCACCACUUAGCGCCUACGCUCCGGGUCUGAGUCCCGGUGGUGUUCAGGAUAAUAGUCAAACGGAUAGUGGUCAGAAUCCACAGAUGCCUCUGUUAGUGGCUCCCUUGCCGGUGGGUGCUGGUCCACCACCGCCACAUCCGCAUCCUCGUCUAUAUGUUGAGGGUUUCCCGCCACCGCAUCAUGUGCCACAUCCUCAUCCCGCUCUGGGUGCCUAUCCCCUGCCACGCCUUCCCUUGAUGAUGCCAGGAAAUGCUCCAGCAAUACCAUCUGGAGCUCCAGCACCACCGCCUGUUUCACCACAACCUGCUGGCAAUCACCUAAGUCAUAGUGGAGCCUCCAUGGCCACAACCACUCUCCUGCCACCUGCCCAAAGUCAGCCUAAGAAAUCCUUUUGCAUCGAUGCUCUUCUGGCCAAAAGUCAGCAUCAGACGGGUGAACCACAACCCAUAAUUGUGGACGAUCGUCUGGCUGCUCUGCAUUAUGCCCGCGAUCAAGCGGAACUCAAUCAUGCCUUUGUGACCGCCUCCAAUGCGGCGGCGGCUGCUCAAGCAGCUGCCUCAGCCGCCGGUGGAAUCAGCGAACAGGAGGCACUGCAGCGCAUCCGGGAUUCCAGGGAGUACGACUCACCCAGUCCCGACGGCAUGUCAAGAUCUGAAUCGCCCAGUUCAUCGCAUCGCUCUAGUCCGCCCAUCAGUCCUGGUUGUGAGGAUCAGCAGCCCCAUGGCGGCAUGCAUCCCCAGCAUCUGUCCAUGCGCAUGUCUGACUUCCAUGAUGAGUUCAAGAAGCCCAUUCCACCGCAUAGCCCUAUCAGGCCUCAGGAUUUCCCACUCUAUGCGGGCGGACAUCCUUACCAGCUUCUGGCACAGGGCGGUUCCGCCUUCCACAGACCUCUGGAUCCUUCUGGCAAACCUAUUCCGAUCCCCAUGGGUCACAAUUUCAUGCCCUCACAGCUGCAAUUUGAGUUCCUGGCCCGCGCUGGAAUGCUGCACCAUCGAAUUCCCGAACUGGCUGCCUAUCCGCAUCAUGCCAUUCUGGGCAAGACCCGGAGACCCCGCACUGCCUUCACCUCCCAACAGCUCCUAGAAUUGGAGAAGCAAUUCAAGCAGAACAAGUAUCUGAGUCGUCCCAAGCGUUUCGAGGUGGCCAGCGGACUGAUGCUGUCCGAAACGCAGGUGAAAAUUUGGUUCCAGAAUCGAAGGAUGAAGUGGAAACGUUCCAAGAAGGCCCAACAAGAGGCCAAGGAGAGGGCAAAGGCCAACCAACAGCAGCAGCAGCAGCAGCAGACCCCCAGUGCAGCCAGUUAGAAGGAGUAGGAGUAGCACCUGGAGGAGUGGUCUCCAAUCUAGUCAUGCCGCGAUCAAACCGCCGUCCCAACAUCAAAAAACGAGACACCCUGUAUUUUCUAGCCCCCAAGUAUGAUUUGCGCAAUCGUUUGAAAUCUUUCAUUGGGUUUUUUUCACUUUGAUUUCGAUUUAUUAUUUUUAUUUUGUGCCACCACAACAACCUGGCACUGUGUGAUAUAUGUAAAGAAAAUAUAUAUAUAUAUAAAUUAAAUUCAUUAGCACCCUCCCCUCACCUUAACCCCUGUAUGUACAUAAACAUAAAUCUAAAUAGGAACAGGCAAAUAAAUAACAAAAUAAACAUAAAUCUAAACUAAAUGAGUAAUGCCUAAGUAAAUAAAUUACAUUAAAUGCGAUUAGUUUAGUUGGUAAUUUGCAAUUUGCUUGUGUAAUUUCUGUAAAUAAUUGUAAUUAUGUAAUUGUAGUCUUUAAUAUUAACAAAAACAACAACAACAGCCAUUGAGUAAAAAAAAAACACAGAAAAUAUCGCAUUGCGAUUGUAUUAGUUAAUUGUAUGGAUUUUAUUUUCGAAAUCAAAAAUGGAAAAGAAAUAAAUUACGAAAAAAAACAUGAAAAGAAAAGUAAUUAAUGAAAAUAUUAGGGGGGCGGAAAAGAUAUGGAAAUUGGGUCAGUAAAUGAAGGUCUGGUAAGAUAUAUAGAAAGAUAAAUCCUCUUUACUAUUUCAACUUUUU